AUGACUCAGUCCUUCUCAAAACAAUACAACAAUGGAACAACUCUCUUCUCACCCAAAGCGGACAGCAAUUCGACUCGCACCGCCAUUCCAAAGACUGAAACUAUAAAAUCUGAAGGAAGUAGAUCGUUGAAAACAGCCCGUUCUGGAGGGAACUCCACUGGUUUGAAGGAUGUCGUUGAUAUCCUCUGGUCCGCUCUAAUGUUCAUGCUCAUGAUCAUCGUUCGCGCACUCCACUCGGCAUUCGAGUUUCUAUCCGAUGCUUUCGUCAAAAUCUACCGUAUCCUUCUGUUCUGCUACCGUAAACCGCAUCAUGCCAAGGAGCUAAUCGUGUCGACAAUCCACAUCAUCAAAGUGUCUUAUGAUGCAGAGAUUUGGACUUGGACCGAUAUGUGGCAGAUCUUUAAGUCGCAUCUGAUUGCUCCGAUGACACGUGCACCACCACCACCAACUUCUCAGAAGUCGGUCAAGACCAAAUGA